AUGCAGAACCUUUUAAAUACCAGCAAAUUGUGUGAAGUGCUCGAGGGUUCAAUCAGCGCUUCAAAGGAGAAAAGAAUAGAAUGUGAGGAAUACUUAAAACAAAUAACUAAAGUUGAUGGUUAUAUGAAUGUUAUAUUAAACAUUGUGAAGAGUAUAAAUAUUGUAGAUGACAAUAUUAGGAUAUCAGCUUCUAUAUUUUUAAAGAAUAGUGUUAGAAAUAAUUAUGAUGUAUUAAAAAAAGAAGAAGUAUGUACCUUAACAAAAGAUAUAUAUGAAAGUUUAUUAUAUUUAGAAAUGAAAGAUAAACAAUUAUAUAUUCAAUUAUUUGAAAUAAUGAAAAUAUUAAUACAUAAUAAUUUUCCAGAUAAUUUUACUCUAUUAGAAAAUAUUUUAGAAGAUAUGAAUCAAAGAAAAGAUUUCCGUAGAUUAUAUGUAAGUUUAUAUUGUUUAAAAUUAAUUUUUAAGAAAUUAAAAAUAAAAAAGAAAGAAAAUAAUGAGUUAUAUGUAGAUAUAUUAAAUAAAUAUUUUUAUCCUUUGAUUAAUUGUUUAUAUGAUUUAAGUAUGUUAGAUUUAAAUAAUAAUGAUGUUAGUGAGAUUCUAAGUUUAAUAUGUAAAAUUUAUUAUUAUGUAAAUGAUAGUUAUUUAAUAAAAGAAGUUAUUAUAUUAGAAUAUAUGGAUAAUUAUUUCAGUUUAUUCGAUUUUAUAUUAAAGAAUGAAAUUGUAGUCACAAAUUAUAUAGAGGAUGAAAAUUAUUUAAAAAAAUUACCACAAUUUAAAUGUAAAAGAAUAGUAUUAGAUAUUAUAACUCGUUUAUUUUCUAGAUAUGUAAAUACAAAUUAUAAUAAAUUUAAUAAUGAUAUUACCAAAAAAUUUUGUGAUGUAUUCUUGAACAAAUGGUUAUGUCCAUUCUUUGAAGAUUUCAUAAUUAAUUUACAAAAUUAUGAUAAAAAUAAAAAGACUUUAACAGAUGAAUGUUUAAUAUAUAUAUUACAAGGAUUAUCAUAUGGUGUUGAAAAUGCAUUGAUAUAUAAAAAUUAUAUAAAAAAUAAUUUUGAUUUUUUAGUUAGAAGUAUAAUAUUUCCACUAUUAUGUUAUAAUAAUGAAGAUAUUGAAAAAUUAUUAUAUGAUGAAUAUGAUUAUACUAUGAAUAUAUUUAAUACAUAUGUUGUAGAAGAUAAAAAGGUAAGUGCAAGCUCAUUUAUAAAAGAUUUAACUAGAUAUAGAGGUGUUAAACAUAUAUCAGAGUUAUUUGCUUUAUGUGAAAAUAUUAUAAGUACCUAUAAUGAAAAUUAUAAUAAAAUUUAUAGUUCUACUCAUAAUCUUACCAAUGAGAAUGAUCAGUUCUCUCAAUUAGAAGAAUUAUUAAAUAAUGAAUAUUGUAAAUAUAAAUAUGGUGCUUUAAAAAUAUUAGAAUGUUUAUAUAAUCGUUUAUGUGAUAAGAAAAGAAAUAUGAAUAUUGAACAGUUUUUAAAAACAUAUGUAGAAAAUGAUUUAAAUAGUCCAAACUAUUUAUUAUGUUAUCAAUCAAUUGUAACAUAUUCUUGUUUUAUUAAAAAAGUACAAUCAUUCACAGAUAUAAAUGGAUUAUUAAGAAACUAUGAAAUUAUUCUUAAUCAUAUGGGUAGUUCAAGUUUAUUAAUUAGAGUUGCUAGUGCAUCAUAUAUUAAGAAAUUCUUUAAAAUCAAAAAUGAAUAUUUAAAAAAUGCAAUAAUAAAAACAAUUCCUUUACUUAUUGAACGUUUAUUAAAUGUUAUCAAAGAAAUUAAAUGUGAAUAUAUUGUUAUGACCUUAGAUAAUUUAGCAUACACAUAUAAAGAUUAUAUAACACCAUAUGUAAAUGAUGUUGUUGUUGCAUUGUGUACGAGUUUUGUAUUUCUUAUAAAUAAAAAAGAUGUAGAAGCAAAUAUUAAAAAUUCACUAGAAUAUAAUUUAAGAAAUAAUAGUCAUAAUAAUAAUAGUAAUUAUAAUAGUAAUAGUAAUAAUAAUAGUCACCAUAUGCAUCAUCAUCAUCAUUUUCAUAAUAAUAAUGAUAUAACAAUGAAUAGUAUGAGUGAUAAUUCUUUUAUAAAACAAAAAUAUGGUAGCAUCAUGAAUGAAAAAAAAGAAAAAAAAAAUGAAAAUGAAGAAUUGGAUCUAAAUUCUGUAAUUUUAUCUAUACUAACAGCAAUUUUAAGUUUAUUAGAUUCUGUAGAUGAAGAAAAUAAAGUACAAAUAUAUAAAAAUACUAUAUCUUAUUUAUAUGUAGUUGUUGAUGAAACAUUUAAAUCACCAUCUAUUGAUUAUUUAGAAGAAGCAUUAUCUUUAUUAACUAAUAUAACAUAUUAUUUAGAUAUAGAUGAACAAGUAUAUAAACGUUUUGAAAAAUUAUAUGAUAUAUUUUAUUUUAAUACAGAUGAUAAUUUAAAAGUCCAAGAACUAAAUAUGAUACGAGCUAAUCCACAGAUUAUUUUAAACAAUGAAAUCUUGAUUAGUGACAAGAAUAGUGAUGCAUAUUUUUAUGAUUUCAUAUUUGAUUUAUCAUUUUCUAUAGGUGUAUUUGAUAAUAUAAUAUCUAAAGCAACUGAAAGUUUUGUUCAAAUGUAUAGCCAUGAAUAUGGAAUGAAAUAUAUUCAUAUGGUCUAUAGAUUAGGUAUGUUUGCUUUACAUUCUAAAAUUGUAAAAAGUGCAUGCAAAUUAUUCUUUAUACUUUUUGAAGCUACUGUCAAAAUAAGAGGAGUAGAUGAAUUGAUAAUACCUGUACUAAAUGCUUUUUCUAUGAAAUUAUUUAAACAUGAUGAAGCACAAGCUGUUAUGAAUCAAAAAAAAAAAGAAUCCUUAGAAAAUAAUGAUGGUGCAGAUAGUAUAUGCAGUGAAUACGAUGAAGAUAUAUUAAGUAAAACAAGCUUAGAAUAUAUUAGAAAAUUAUUUUAUUCAAUUAUUAUAUAUAAUGUUGAUCAAUUCUUUUUAUUCUUUAAUAAUAUAAAUAAAACACCUUUUAUAUUAAUGUUCUUGUCUAAUCUAAAUGAUAUCAAAAUAAAUAAUACAAGGAAAUUGUAUAUACUAGCCAUGAGUAAUAUAUUAGAAAAUAUGCACAAUUCUAAUAUUAGUAUGCAUAUUAAUGAAAUUAAUUCAUUUAUGCUUAAUCUAGUUAAUAUAGCUAAUGUAUAUUAUGAAAAUAAAAAUGUCAAAGAAGACUCAGAAAAAUCAUUUGAUUCAGAUACAUCUUCAAUUGAUGAUAAUAGUGAGGUAGAUAUAGAUGAAAAUGAAGAUGCUACAAAUGAAAAAGCUUAUAAAUUAAUUAAAACUAUUGAAGCCUUAGAAAAAAAAAAUGAUCUAAAAAUAAAAAUAAAAGAUAAUGUUACAUUAGAUAAUAUCGUAACUGCUCAAACACAAAAUUUUAAUAAAGAAAUCAAAAAUCAUAAUAAUAAUCAUGAUGAUGCAGAUUAUGAUGAAGAUGAAGAUGAUGAUGAUGAUGAUGACGCUUAUUAUGAUUAUGAUGAUUGUUCCGAUUAUAGUAAUGAUGAAUAUAGAAAAGGAUUCUUUGAUGAUAUUAAUGCAUUCAAAAUUUUAUAUGAUACAACAACAAACUUUUAUAAUAAAUAUCAAAAUACUUAUAAUAAUGAAAUCUUAGGUAAAAUGAAAUAUCUAGUUGAUGCAGAUCAUAAUAAUGAGUUACAACAAAAAACACAAGAUAAAUAA